CUCCAAAAAGGGCAGGGAACGUGAUGCCUCGCUAUCCCUCAUCCCAUCUUCAGCUUAAGCUCUCCGGCGUUGAUGAGGUCGCUGCGAGUACGAAAAGGUACUAUGUUUGCCCGGCUGCUCGUUUUAUUGGCCUGUGUUGGCCUCGCCUCGUCCCUCUCCAUCCCUCAGGAGUCCUUCUCGACCACGUCGGCUUCGUCAAGAGCAGCCCCUCUCGAUCCAUACCCUUCACAGCCGCUCCUCUCAUUCGGUGCUUCGACUCCCGAAAAGUUCAAGCUGCUCAUCAUCACCGAUACGCACCUCCUCGAUGACCAGACAGUGCCCGGGAACGCUUCCAACGUCUCGCGCGCAUCGACGGACGCGGUAAGGCAGUAUCUCGAGGUCGAAAAGCCAGACUACGUCGUUCAUCUGGGCGACCUCGUCAGUGGAGAGGUAGCCAACAGUUCGGCGCAGGUCCGCGAUGCCGUUCGGCAGAUUCUUGGUCCAGCUGUCGAGAAGCAAAUUCCCUUCUCGACGACGAAGGGCAACCACGACAAUGAUGUCUACUCGACCCACGGCCAGAUUACCGACUACGAGCACGAAUUGGCACCGCAGCUAACGUACACCCGCAAAGCACCCGCCGGCGUUGGUGGCGGUUCCAACGGAGAAGGCUCAGACAACUAUUGGGUUCCAAUCUACCCUUCCAAAGAUGCACCGAGGGGCUCAAAGCCGGCUUUGGUCCUUUGGUUCUUUGACUCGCGGUCGGGUAAACAGCUCAAGUCAGAAGGAAACGGACUGAUCGAUGACUGGGUCGACUCGAGCGUGGCAGGCUGGAUCAACUCGGAAGUUUCCCAGCAGGAGAAAGCCUGGGGAUCUGUUCUGCCCCCUUCGCUGCUCUUUGUGCACAUUCCGAUCCAAUCUACAAAUUACACGCAGAACCUAGCACCAUACAGUGACGAGGUUGGCGGCGUGACCGACGAAAGGCCCGAGAGUUUCACAAGUGAAGGGAAAAGGUAUGAGGGCCUCAACGUUGAUAAGCCACUCAACACCCAGGGACACGGUGGCGAAGCGGGACAGUACAACGGGCAAGACCUGCCCUUCCUCAAUGCGAUCACAAAGGGGAAAGCAGGCAAAUCGAGGUUACAUGCCAUCGUCUCUGGCCACGACCACGGAAAUGACUGGUGCGCACCGUCAAACGUCACGACGGCCGCCGCACAGGUGCUGCCCCUCUGCUUCGGAAAGCACUCUGGCUUUGGUGGAUACGACUACGAUCCGUGGAAUCAUGGGGCAAGAAUCUUCGAAUUCGAUCUCGACUCCGUCGACAAAAGCGUUCGGACCUACAUUCGCAUGUUGACCGGCGAGACUCGAUACGACACCUUGAUUGAUGAUGCCUGGGCAAAGACAAGCUGAUGAGACCAUCUUAACUCCCUUCCCUCCUCUCCCUCCCCACUUCCUUGGAAUUUAUACACC